AUGGAGGAAGAGAAAUGGGAUGACGCAUUACUUUCAGAGAUUGAGGCGCUUGAAAAGAAUCAUAUAAACAAUCACAGUUCUUCAAAUCAAGCUCAGAAACAGUGUGAAUCUGCUGAUAUUUCACCUCUUGGUGAAGAUUGGAGCUGCAAGUCGUGUACAUUGCUGAACAAUGCGUCAAAAACAGCAUGUCAAGUGUGCGGUACACUCCGAAGUCAAUUUUACGAAGCGCCAGGAACUUCUACCGCCGUUAAGAAGACGGUGCAGGCUUGUCUUUCGUUUGAUGGGACAUCACUCUCACUGUCACAGCCUCAAGACAGUAGACGAUCGAACAACUCGCUCUUUGCUAUAAAUGAAAAUGAAAAACUCUCACAAGAGACACUACUGUGCUCUAAGACUGCUGGUGCGGGGCUAGUAUUGACUUCAAAACGUUCAGAUACUUCAUGUAUUAAUACACCGGCUGUAUUGCCUCUACAGAUAUCUCAAAUCACAGCAGGGGAGGAUCCGGUUGCCAAGACAAGAUACCUUGACAUUGAAACGCGUCCGAGCUUUCCCAAGAUUGACUAUGAGGCUGCACAGCACUUUGUCUUCCCAACUAAUUACUCAAUCCGUGAGUAUCAACUAACCGUAGCAGAAAAAGCAUUAUAUCACAACACACUCGUGUCGCUACCAACAGGCCUGGGCAAAACACUUGUAGCAGCAGUUGUCAUGUAUAAUUUCUAUUGCUGGUUCCCAACUGGCAUGAUUGUAUUUAUGGCCCCGACAAAGCCGUUAGUAGCUCAGCAGAUUCAAGCCUGUCAUGAAAUCAUGGGUAUACCACUAUCAGAUACUGCAGAACUUCAAGGAAAUGUGCCUCCAGCUAUGCGUCGUGUUUUGUGGAACACAAGACGCGUCUUCUUCUGCACUCCGCAAAGUUUGCAAAAUGAUCUUCGUCGCGGUGUCUGUAAUGCGGAAAGAUUUGUUUGUGUUGUCGUGGACGAAGCGCACCGGGCAACUGGAAAUUACGCCUAUUGUUGUGUAGUGCAGGAGAUUGAAGCCAAAACGCCAUUCUUCCGCGUACUGGCGCUCUCAGCCACACCUGGAGCCAAAUUCGAUGUCAUUCAGGAUGUUGUGUCAAACUUACGAAUCUCGCAUAUUGAAAGCCGAUCAGCAGAUGAUCCAGAUGUAAGAAAGUAUACUCAUGCACGGCAAGAGGAAGUGAUUGUCUGUCGUCUGGGUAUCCAACUUUUGGAGAUCAAGAUGCAAUUUCUUAAAAUUUUUACACCGAUCAUUCAGCGUCUUUCGCGUAAACAAAUUAUUCAAAAUAGUAACCCGGACAAACUUACGAGUUGGUAUGUGCUACAAGCGCGGGAAAAAUUUAGGAACAGCCCCGAUUACGCUUCAAAUCGCAGUGCAGAAAGUGACUUGGCACUCCUUGUGAGUUUACUACACGCCAAAAGUUUACUGACUGGCCAUGGACUGAACAGUUUUCGUGACCAGAUUAUCCAUUGGGUUGAGGAACGAAGGAUAGGCAAAAUGUCGUGGUCUAAGAAAGAAAUGCUGUAUUCUCCUGAAUUUCAAAAACUUGAAGAAAGUCUUGCUAUUAUAGCUGAUGGAUCAUCAUCAACUGCAAGCCACCCCAAGCUUGUCAAACUGCGUGAAGUGUUGCUGGAGCACUUUCAGCGCCAUACUUCCGGAGAGUCUAGCACACGAGCUAUUGUAUUUACGCAGUAUCGGGCAAGCGUGUCAGAAAUUGUUGCCUUGUUACGUCCAUUCGCACCCUUAUUGAAUGUACAGUCUUUCAUUGGACAAGGAGCGUCUGGAAAAGACAAAGAAAAUAAAGGUCAAUCUCAAAAGGUACAACAAGACAUUGUGCGGAAGUUCCGACUGGGCGAAUACAACGUCCUUGUGGCAACUUGUAUUGCAGAAGAAGGUUUAGAUAUUGGAGAGGUGGAUCUUAUUGUUUCAUUUGAUGCGUUGACGUCUCCUGUUCGAAUGAUUCAACGAAUGGGUAGAACUGGUCGAAAGCGCGUAGGCAAGGUCAUUGUUCUUGUGACAGAAGGAGAAGAACAGAAGAAGUUGGCGCGAAGUGCGUCAGCGUCAAAGACUGUAAGUCGCGCGCUUACGACUUUUAAAAGCAGGUUUACGUAUUCGAAGUGUCCUCGUAUGCUCCCGGAUAAUAUUUGUCCAAAAUUAAGAAAGUUAGAAAUGAAGAUACCGAAUUUUCACGCAUCCCAAGUUGGCGGUAAAUCCUUUACAACAGCACUUGAUCCUAAUCUGUGGCAGCUCAGUGAUGCUGAACGAGCAGUGGCAGAAUUGAAAUACUUUCCACCUAAUUUUGCGUCAACCUUACGAACUAAAUUGUAUCCCGUCUAUGGUAAUCGGUCGCAUUUACUUCGACGUCGAACGCGCUGUUUGACAUCUAGAUUUCAGAGAGAUGGGGUUAGAUAUUCUGCUCGGUCGCUCAUUCUGCAGAGUCUAGUUCGAAAGGUACAUGGUGUCGACGAAAAUUUAGAAAAGGAUUUUGAAUUUGGAGAUGGCCUGAGUGUUGACACCGAAGAGAAAAGGGGAUUGGCAGCAAUCGGCAAUCCUGCGCAAUCUUUAAGUCAGGAAAGUAUCUGUGGAUCAUUGCAGUUAAAGUCUCACAACAAGUAUCGUCGAUCAAGGUCGAACUUAACUAGUGUGGAAUUCGACAAUGAAAUUGGCUCGGCUGAGCUUGAUGUCACGAGUCUAGGGAAGUAUUUGUUAGCUCCGAUGGAAGAGUCGAUGCUUUCCUGCGAAUUGCACUUUAGCCCGCAGUUUGUUGAUUCAGCAUCUCAGCUCGUACCUGUUGUUGUUGGAAAGGAUGAGCAGCCAAUGUUUGACACCGAAGAGUGUAUCGGCGUGCCAAUUAGGACUUCAACAACUGCGAAGUGUAAGCCAGACUCCACUAUUCAAGAAACUCCACGAGCUGUGUGCAUGUCGACGGUCUCGAUUUUGGACAAGGUGGAAGAACAAGAGACGCAGGUUGUCGCAGGUGGUGAUUUGAUCAAAUCACAAAAGAACUUAAGCAAAAAAGAGGCAUGCGUAUCUCAAACUCUAAAUUCUUCAAGCGCUUUAUCUAAUGAAGUAUUUUCUCUCUAUCCGCAGGAAGUGCGACAAGAAUCGGAUUCCGCAAAGGUUCUUGCAGGAGCUUCUCGAAAUUGUAGAACGCGUCAAUUGACAUUUGAUGACGUGAUAGUCGAUGCAUGUCCUCAAAACCAAUCGCAAAGUGAUGAGCACUCGUUGAUUGAGCUAGCGACAGAAACGCGAAGGCAGUCUGAAAUUAAUGAGGUGUCUGGAGCCGAAGAUGAUGAUUCGUCCGCAUUCUCAUUUGUGUUGUUACCUACACUUACAAAUGCGAUGGAUUCUGGUAAUACAAAGAAUGAGACGUCAAAAAAUGAUGAAAGUACUUGUGAGAAACGUCUUUCUUCAGCCCAUAUUCCUUCGUUUCGCAGUGAUGAUGAGAGUGCAUUAAAUAACUCGAUUGUGUUGCUUUCGUCAGCCUCUCCUGAAAGGAAAGUUACACUUAAUGACGAUUCAACUGAUAGGCAUGAGGCUGACAUCAAGAUUGAGGCUAAUUUAGCGGCUAUGAACCAGGUGGCACGGACUCUUGGUCCUGACAAAAGAGGGGCUAACUUUACGGAUCUAAAGGACGAUGACACUAUUAUAAAAGUGAUGGAGCCUGGAACGCUCAAAAAGACGACGCCGUCCUCAUCCUGGCCCGAUACUGUUUUUCAGCAGGCAAAACGAAGUGAACGAAAAGAGGCUGACUCAGAGCUUGUGGAUGACGAAUACUGCGCUAUUUGUCUUGAAAGUGAGUCGUAUGACGACGAUCCUAUUGUCUUUUGUGACGGAUGCAAUGUGGCAGUGCAUCAAUAUUGUUACGGCAUUCACACUCUGCCCUCUGACAAGUGGUUUUGUGCCGUCUGCAUCGAGGCUAUCAGCAAUGAUGGUAGAGCUGCUUCUAGUCAACCACACUGUCUGCUUUGUCCACAUCGCGGCGGUGCGUAUAAGCGUACGGCAUGCCGCCAAUGGGUUCAUGUCCAGUGUUUUCUAUGGAUUCCAGAACUUAGUGUGGAGCAAAAAGGGGAUGAUUUGCUUGCUCUUGGUGACAUAAAGAGUCUAGACCCGGAUCGCAAAACUCUUGAUUGCUCUUUGUGCCACUCACAGAAGGGUUAUGGCAUUAUUCAGUGCGCGCACAAUCAAUGUUUAACCGCUUUUCAUGUCAGUUGUGCCGCCUUUGCGCACUAUCGCAUGGAUCAGGUCGAAUCCUGUGGCAGUGAAGGAGGAGAUAAUGGAUGUGACACUCUGUUUCUGGCAUACUGUCCACUACACCGCAACUCAGUUGCUCCCUGCUAUUACCCUCAGCAGGAAAAGACACCCGUGGCGGCUAACAAACGGCGUCGCAGCCCACCUUCGCCCAUGCCCUCAGCCAAUAUUUCGUCUCCAAGCUACUUGUUAGUGUCACCUGCUGAUUCAGAACAAAAGUUUAAAACAUUUCGACGUUUAAAACGCAAGUAUGACUACCAGUCGCAAAGCGAGAUUUUAUCGCAGAACGGAGCGCAGACAUCGCUAGUUGCGACGUCGCCUUCAUGGCAAAAGCACAUCAAAAGGUCUAAAAGGCGCCGGGAGAUGUCUCGUGUAUUGACAGCUGCGUAUAUUGAUAACAUGGCUGACGUCCAAGAAAAUGGCAACAGGCAGUUGCUUAAAAAGAAAAAGUCCAAACCAGAUAUGAGAGCAAUCUAUGCGCGGUCGCUGUUUGAAUCACAACAUUCUCCACUGAUGAAUCGCCGUGGUGGAAGGCACUUCAAAGCGCUUCCAUCCAAUGGAAUUAUCCGUGCAUGUCUUGACGAGAUGCGCGAUCGCCCAGAAAUGACGUCUGUGGUUCCAGCCCCUGCACGUGCUAUUUCUAUUUUAAUUGAGUCCGAUGAAGACGACAGUGCUCCUGAAGCUGAUUCUUCACCUAGUUUUGAUUUGCUGAAGGCUGCGAAGUCAAUUCAGUCUGUCGAUGAGAAUCCUGACGCUGAUAAAGCGGUUAAAGAAAUGACCUUCCUUAAAGAUACGCCGUCUUCUAGCUUUAUUAAAACUGGUUAUUUAAUAUCAUCAACAAGACCUGGAAAAUUGAAAUGCUCGGUCCAUGACUGUGCAAAACCCUUUGAGCGACACUUAAGGAAGAUUGAUGGCUCCAGUCAAGAGCCAUUACAGAAGAUCGAGGCAGAUCGCUUGAAACCUAUUCAGAAGUUUGAGGAUUGUAGACAGGCUGAGCUGCAAUGUUCUCUGGCUCAGGGUCGAGUAUUUUCGUCAGGCAAUACUCCGUCUGCCCGUGAAAGAGAUUUCCAAUCAGCGUGUGUAAAUAAUCAUCGAAACCCUUGCAGUCAUUCUCAGCAUUCAAUGACAUCGACCGUUGAUCUAACGAGGCCAUUACCAGAAAAAUUAGAGUGGAUUAUAUAUGUCAACACGGAGUUCUCGAAAUCAAAUAUCUUUUCCGAAUUUUUAUCUGCUAAGAAUGUCGACUGUACUAUUGUCGUCGUCGAUUCAACUGAAGCAGAUGCUUUAGUAAGUGUACGCACAGCAGUGCUUAUCGUUACGAGCCAACAACUAAACGAAUUGGCUCUCGCAUCUUUAACAAAAAACGUGGCCAAUAGUCAGCGAGUCGGAAUGCUUAUGGCAAUGCAUCAAAAAAUUAUUAUUGCAAUUGUUCAGAACAGCGCUGAUCUUCCCGACUUACAACAGUUGCGACAGCUUUCGAAUGCUAGUGUCAUAAUUCAGCCUCACCCUAAGGCUCUUUGCGUACAACUUCAUCAAAUGGCAUAUCAGGAACGUCUUGAAGGCUACGAGUUACCUUUUCCCAGUUUGUGUCAACCAAACUUCAGUUUUGAAGUGCACUUUCAUUGA